AUGUCACAAUCAAUUCUGUCAGACUUAGUACAUCAGCAUCGACCCGACCUUCAACCGUUGGAGGAGUUGUACAAGCAUCUUCAUCGCAACCCUGAGCUCUCCAACCAAGAAGUCGAAACAGCUGCUACCAUCGCCAAAAGACUCGAAGAAACUGGCCCCGAAGAUCUCGUCAUUAAACCUCACAUUGGUGGUCAUGGCUUAGCUGCCGUUCUCCGCAAUGGCGAUGGCCCCACUGUCCUACUUCGUGCAGACAUUGAUGCUCUACCAGUCGAGGAGACUACAGGCCUCCAGUAUGCAAGCACCAAGCGAAUGAUCCAUGCUGCAAGUGGAGUUGAGAAACCUGUUAUGCACGCUUGCGGCCACGACAUGCACAUCGUGACUUUGCUGGGUGCCGCGGCGACUCUUUUCUCGUCCCGGGAAUCCUGGGCUGGAACUUUGGUGCUGGCAUUUCAACCAGCUGAAGAGCGAGGUACUGGCGCGCAAGCUAUGGUGGACGACGGUCUUUACACCAAACAUGAUGUUCCUGUUCCAGAUUUCGUUCUAGGAGCACAUGUGAGACCUUUACGUGCUGGUACAAUCGGUACACGAAGAGGACUUGUUGCCACGAGCGCGGAUAACUACAAGGUCACCAUCCACGGCAAAGGUUCACACGCGAGUAUGCCUCAUACAGCCAUUGAUCCCAUCGCCAUUUCAGCGAACGCUAUUCUCAAAUUGCAAACGCUUGUCAGUCGGGAGGUUGACCCAGCUGAGUCGAGCGUGAUUACUGUCACGAGUAUCCACGCUGGCGAUGCUGAGAACGUCAUUGCCGACUCGGCCGUUCUUGGCGUCGACACUCGAUCUACUACGGUCGCGACCCGCGAGCAUCUUUUGAAGCGUAUAAAAACAGUAAUCGAAGCAGAGUGCUCGUGCGCCAACGUCCUCAAAAGUCCAGAGUUUGAGCAAACCCGAGCUUUUCCUCUGACGAUCAACGACGAAAGUGUCACUAUAAGAGUUGAGGAGACAUUUGCGGUGCACUUUGGCGAAGGGUCUGGGAAAUAUGAUAGAAACAUGCCGAAACUGGCUUUUAGUGAGGACUUUUCGAUCUUGGCUACUGCUGUUGAUAAGCCGUAUUGCUUCUUUACUUAUGGGUGUGUUGAUGGAGAGGUUUGGGAUAAGGCUGAGAAGGAGGGGACUGUGGCACAGAGUAUUGCUGCCAAUCAUUCUUCCAAGUUUGCUCCAGUCAUUCAUCCGACGCUCAAGACUGGGUUGGAUGGGUACGCAUUGGGUGCCCUCACAUUUUUAGUUAAGGGACAUAGGGACACAAGACGCGUCAAGAAGAUUCACACCACACAUCACCAGACGCUCUCUAUUUCUUUGUUUCUCAAGAUGCCAUCAAGAGCUCGUAGUUAUCGAAGAGCUCUAGCGCCUUGUUCGCGAUGUCUCGACCGCAAGACAACGUGCAAUCAGGGCCUCCCGUACUGUUCGCGAUGCGCCAAAAACCCUGCUUGCUGCAAAUACGAGAUAUGCGGGUCUUCGGAGACAAGGACUUCAACUCACAUUAUUAGAGUCAUGGGCUCAACCACUUCUUUUGAAAGAUUGAAGGACGAUGACUCUGAGCCACCAAUGUCGACGAGGCCCCUUUUCCAGUUGGGCCCUUGCGGCUGGGACUUGACAGAGCAUGGUCAAGCUGAGUUGAUGCAGGCCAUAUUUGCUGAACGCUAUCUCACGUACCCCGAACCAGUAUCCGAGGAUAGGCUGAUGAACACUGUUGACAUCAUCUUGCGGGAACGCGGCUGCACCCUUGAGACUCUUCUCGAAGACGAAGUGUUUGAGUCAUUCCCACUGGUGCGGUCCGAUUACUUGGGCAGUUAUGCAUACGAGGACAGAGGCCUCUCAAGGCCAGGAUUGAUUCUUGCUAUACUGCUAGUUACGACGCUGCCCUGCAAUCAUACGGCGUGCUUAAAGACAAAGAGGCUGUAUUUGACCGUCCUCGCUAUGUUGCCCAUACUGCAAUCACAAUUAUCCCGUAGUAAUGGGGUUAUACGGAUACAGGCUCUUGUUGCUGUCUAUGAGUACGGUCACGGAUUAUACGAUCAAUCGCAUCUCAACCUCAAUUCAGCCAUAUGUAUGGCGUCACGAAUUGAGCUGGACUCCAUCGGUCUGGACUCUCUCGGUCUGAAACUUGCUCUGGAGUUGAGGUUAUCUCUCAUGUUGUUGGACUGCAUGCUUGCCUUGUCAACACACGAUAGAGAUGAAGGUUGGCUCCCUCUCAUUUGCCACCCGGGACAUACGAUGGCAAGAGCUGUGGAAGAUUACCUUCCGCUGCUCAGAACUCCCGAGGGGACCCCAAGACCUGGUGACACUGUUCAGAGUGCCCUGUCCAUGCACCAAACCGUAUCGAUAUCUGGAUUCGUCCUGCAGCAUAUCCAUGACUCGAAGCGGAGCCCUCGGGUUUCUAGACAUGAGUGUGAUACCAUCUACGCACAAACUCUUCGGAUGGUGGAAGUUGCACUGAAGGAUAAAACGACAGAUAUGCACCACUCCGUUUUAUUAUCCAGUUCUCGCAAAUCGACGUGGAGACUCCUCAAAGACGUCUUGUGCUCCUAUUCUGACGAUGAGCACGACGACCUACAUAUGGAAUCACUUAUCUCUCUUAUGCCCAGCAUGAAUAGUCUGUGCAUCAUAGUAAAUGAUCCGGAGGAUGACUCGACCAUUGAAGAAAUCGCUGAAGUGAUGCCGUAUAUCAAGUAUGCUGCCAAGAGGUGGACAGCCAUCAGACCCUUUGCGAAUCGAAUUGCUCGCAGUGCUGGAUUGGAUGCUCAUUUCAGGAUCAAAUAUGACGCGUUUGGAGAACAUCGUGAUGAGCAGCUCAACCAUGGCAUCGCGAUUCCGAGACGACGGAAAGGCCUCACUAUCAUGCACGCGUUGCAUCAAUCGCAAGCAAAGAUGCGACCGAGCGCUGCCAUGCUGCUCGCGAUGCGCGUCCAUCCAGCAGACCCAUUGGCUUCGGCUGUUGAGAAAGAUAACUCACAGCCGUCAUCCACGGACUGUUACCUCUCUUUGGGCACCUGCGGCUGGGACUUGACGAAACAUGGCCAAUCUCAACUGAUGGAGGCUAUGUUGGCGUAUGAUACCGAUGAUUCCAUUGCGACGGCCCGGCUAGUAGAUGGUGUCGGGGCAGUCUUUCGUGAUCGGGGUUGCACGCUACUGGAGCUCCUUGAAGAUCCCGUUUUUGAGGCAUUCUUUCUCGUGGAGCAUCUUCACACAACUGGGUGUUUGCAUCGUUCUCAGUUUGACAAAUUCUCAUGGCCAAUCUUACAUCUAGCCGUUCUCCUUGUCGCUUCACCACCUUGCGAUCACAAGGCGUGCUCACAGACCAAGCGGCUCUAUGUCACUGUCAAGGCCUUGUCUGCGCUUAUGCAACUUCGCCUUCCAAACCAUGCUGAGCUUGUGCAGACUCAGGGUCUUAUUGCGCUAUACGAAUGUGGGCACGGGAUGCUUGAGCUCGCACAUGUGACUCUUAACUCGGCCUUCACAAUGGCGGCGAGGCUGGAUGUUGACCUCUCGAACAUACUAGCAUCUCUUGAGUGGAGAUUGUCUCUUAUGCUCCUAGAUAUCUUGGUAGCCUUGCAAACGCUUCAUAGGAAGCACAACUGGAUCCCUCUCGCAUGCCCCCCUGGCCACGAUAUGCACGUUCAAGACUCGAAACGCGACCCUCGAACUGCAAACCCACAUUGUGAAUUAAUGGACGAGAUUGAAAGUUUCAUUCCUCCCUUUGACGAGUACCCGAAACACCUAGAUCUGGAUCAGUCCUUCGAACUGUCGACGAGAAAUGAGGAGGAGAAGCAGGAGAUGGCCAGCUGCGGAAGAAUAUGUCAAUCAGAUUUGCCACGAACUUCAGCAAAGGCAGCGGUCUGA